GAGGCAUUGAGAGCAGAUGUAACGUAGCGAUUCAAACUUUGUUAGUGUCUAGAUAAUAAUGUGUAAAGUGUUUUAAUCAGUUCCGAAUGCUAUUAUCCAUGUGCAUUGUUUGUUCACAAAGGAGAAUUUUUGUCGUAAUAGCUGUUUUUGCACUAGACUGACAAAGCAUAGUCUGCAAAAUUAUUAUAAAAGAAAUUAAGCAAAGCUACAAUAGUUAUAGAAGCAUGUAUUAAAGAAAUGAACAGAUAUAUAAUAUAUGUCCCGUUGAAAGUAGUCAGUUCAUUAUAGACAAAGUAUAAAUGACUGUACUAUCGGCUGCAGAACCCAUAUCCUCGUUAGAAGCUGCAUCACCACAUUCGAUAGAAAUGAAUGCAGAUACCAUAAAGAAACAAGAAAAGUGUAUUGGGAGUGAUGGUAUUUCAAAUGCACAAAGGGUAUGGACAAGUUUGGUGUCGGGUGCUGUUGCAGGAGCAUUGGCAAAAACCACCAUAGCACCAUUGGAUCGCGCAAAAAUAAAUUUCCAGAUUUCAAAACUACCAUACUCAGGAAGAGCGGCACUUGAAUUCUUAAUAAAAACACUUAGGACAGAGGGUUUAUUAAGCUUAUGGCGUGGAAAUAGUGCAACUAUGGUUAGAAUUAUCCCAUAUUCUGCUGUUCAAUUCACAGCCCAUGAACAGUGGAAGAGAAUUCUAGGAAUAAAUGGAUCAGGAAGACAAAAACCUGAAUUGACUUUCCUUGCUGGUGCGUUGGCUGGUGUAACGUCUCAGAGUACAACUUAUCCGUUGGAUUUGAUGAGAGCAAGGAUGGCUGUGACACAAAAAGCUGAAUACAAAACUCUGCGACAGAUUUUUGUACGUAUUUAUUUGGAGGAAGGGAUAUUGGCAUAUUACCGUGGAUUCAUUGCAACUCUACUCGGUGUCAUUCCCUAUGCUGGCUGCAGCUUCUUCACCUAUGACCUACUCAGGGAUAUGCUGACUGUGUACACGGUGGCUAUUCCUGGGUUCCCGGCGUCACUGAUUUGCGGCGGCAUUGCCGGAAUGGUUGCCCAGACUAGCAGCUAUCCUCUGGACAUCGUUCGGAGGAGAAUGCAGACUUCGGCAGUCAAGGGUCAGCAUUACCACACAAUUGGAUCAACCAUAAUGAAAAUUUACAGAGAAGAAGGUCUGAUGGCAUUCUAUAAAGGAUUGACCAUGAAUUGGGUGAAAGGCCCAAUUGCGGUAGGAAUUAGUUUUGCGACACAUGAUACAAUUCGUGAUGCAUUAAGAAAACUUAUCGCUUCUCGAAAUACACCGCUAAAUUAAUAUAACGAAAUUAUAGUAUAUGAUAUAGAAUUAUAAAAAAGAAAAGCGACUAAUUAUCCAUUAACAUAAGGCAUCUAAUUAUAGGUAAAAAGUAAAUUUACUUUUAUCUGCAGAGGUGUCCUUUGAAAUAUAAAUAUGCCUAAAGUUGAUUAUUAUGGAAGAAAAUUGUAAUACAUAAGGUAAUACUGUAGCAAUUCAAUGAAAUUAUACUAUUUUCAGAGGACACGCUUUAAAGACAGGGAGACAUUAGUACAAAUUAUUACUGUACAUACUAUCAGAAAUGUUAUAAAAAAUUGUUGAACUGCUGAAAAUGCAUGUCAAAUAUCUAUGUUUAAGUCAAUGAAAACUAGAGAUGUUCGAGAAUUCGAAAUCUCGGGUCGGAUCAGAUUAGAAUUCCAAAAGCAUCUUGUAAUAUAAAAAUAUCAAGAUUUCCGAAAUAUUAUUUUGGAUGCACUUCAUUUGAUAUAAUCCAAGAACUUAUAAUGUUUAUAGACACUACACACUACGUGUAAUUGUAUCUAUCUUAACACAGUAGAAUUUAAGAAUUUAAUAAUUGUUAAUAAAUCAUUGAAUAUCUUCAAAUAGUACAAAACAAAUUAUAAAUAUAGUAGGAAUUGAGAAGUAAAAUAUUGUAUAAAAGAAAAUGAUAAUUCCAUUUGAGAAAUAAUUUCCCAUAAUUGAUCAUAGAAAGCUCCCAAUUCAGCACUAAAAUUGAACAACACAAAGAAUAGAAAAACAUUUUUCAAACAUUAAGGUUUCCAGUCAUAUCACAACCACAAAUUCGAGUAAUUUGAAAUUUUAGGAAUUUCGGUUCUUUAUGUCACGAAAUGCUUUAAAGGCAGUGGUUCUUUACCUUUUUUUUCUACGGAUCCCUCUUGACACUAAGAUAAAAUUCAUGGACUUUUUUCUCAAAACGAUAUUUUUAAAAUACUAGUUUCAUCAAUGAUUUUAAAACUAGUGUUCUGCUAAAUAAGAAUUUAUAUUAGAUAGAAAAGGAUUGAAGUUUUCUGUAGCAUUUUUAGAUAUUCGCGAAUUUCGUUUUCUAAAGAAAUUGAUAGAAAGUUUUGAAUUUUAACUACGUCUUGAUAACACUUCCGGUAGUAAUUCCUCUUCACAAGACAUAAUAGAGACUUCAAGACAUUGACAAAGUUAUUGUAAUCUUAUAAUUAUCGUCAUUUAUAAGCAUUAAGUUACAUAAAUUUAUCUCGUAAAUGGUUUCCUUGGGGUCCAUAGAUCAUAGGUUAAGAACCACUGAUUUAGAAAUCUUGACCUGAUUUGGAGAACAAUUUUCAACAUGACCCGACCCGACAUUCUCGGGUUGUUGCAUAUCUCUAAUGAAAACAUAUUGCGCAAAUAUUCAUUUUAAUCUGUAUAUUACGCUUGAAGUAUGAUAUGAAUUUUGUCAAUGCAAUUGCGUUUAUGUAUUAAAGUAGUAAACAUAUUUUUUUCAUGAUUC